AUGAGUUAUAGUAGUAGUAGAAGAAGUAGACGUUACAGACCAUACAAUCCAAUCAAAUCGGGUCGUCAUUCACAGAGAAACAGUAGUUCAACUACAGCUGUCUCUAUUCAAUCGGAUCCGAUUAGUCAAUCACAACCAUUAGGACAACAGCAACAGCUAUGGCGGCCGCCAGCGUCUUGGAGACAACCUAUGCUUACAAUAGAUGAACUACCACUACCACCACCUCUAACACUACCACCACCACCCCUAACACUACCACAAUCACCCCUAAAACUAUCACCACCACCCCUAACAUUACCACCACCACCCCUAACACCACCACCCCUAACACCACCAUCACAACCCUUACACUCAUCAUCAUCAUCAUAUAGUCGAUCAUUGGAAUUGGCAACAACACCACCGGGACAACCAAUUGAGCCCAGGCAAUCGCCGUCUCCAUACGCAUACAUACAUGACCGGUAUACCAGUUGGCAAGAGGGCAUAAAUUUUGGCCGCCUAUUGGGCGCAGGUGACUAUGGAGCGGUAUACGAAUGUACGAUAAUUAAUACAUUACCCGAUGGGUCGACAUCUUCCAGUGAAUUGUUGGCCGUAAAGAUACUAUCGAUAGAUGAUUUCGAUAUAAAAAGUCGGACGCCGUACGAAGCGAUCAAAAAGAUGACCGCCGAGUAUCGACUACACUGUCAGCUCAGACACGACAACAUUGUGGCCUCAAUCGACAUGUUUAGGAACCACGAUCCGGACACACAGUUUCCAUGUAUACGACACCUGCACUUUAUGGAGCUGUGCAAUGGAAAUCUGAAUCAAUUGUUACAGCAAUAUAUAAUGAUGGGUGAAACGGAUGCCAAACAAUGGUUUCGACAGAUUUGUUACGGUCUUCAGUAUCUACACUACUGGGGUAUCUGUCAUUUGGAUAUCAAAUGUCUGAACAUUCUGUAUAAAGGUCAGUAUCCGGAUCAGGCUCUAUUCAAAUUGGCUGACUAUGGUAUGGCUGGUUAUAGAUACGAAAUUGUUGGUGAGUUUGGUACCGAUGCCUAUAGGGCACCGGAACUUAACAACAAGCGUAAGGUUAGUACAUAUCCGUGCGAUAUCUGGUCACUGGGCGUUACACUGUGCGAGACACUGGGCGGCGUCAAUAGCCAAACAAUGGUCAGACAGUCGCUUAUUCCGGUGACUGACCGGAUCCAGUUUGAGGCGUAA